CUCCUGACUGUAGUACCAUGGCUUGUCUCUGGCUCCUCUCCUGCUUCGCCCUUGUGGGGGCCGCCCUGGGCUGCGGAGUCCCCACCAUUGAACCUGUGCUGAGUGGCCUCUCCAGGAUUGUGAAUGGGGAGGACGCCGUUCCCGGCUCCUGGCCCUGGCAGGUGUCCCUGCAGGACAGCACAGGCUUUCAUUUCUGUGGGGGCUCCCUCAUCAGUGAGAACUGGGUGGUCACUGCUGCCCACUGCGGAGUCAGGACUUCCCACGUGGUUGUGGCUGGAGAGUUUGACCAGGGUUCACCCGCUGAGGAAAUCCAGGUCCUGAAGAUUGCCCAGGUCUUCAAGAACCCCAAGUUCAACAUGCUCACCGUCAGCAACGACAUCACCCUGCUGAAGCUGGCCACCCCCGCCCGCUUCUCCCAAACUGUGUCUGCCGUCUGCCUGCCUAGCGCCCAGGACGACUUCCCAGCUGGCUCCCUCUGCGCCACCACAGGCUGGGGCAAGACCAAAUACAAUGCCAACAAGACCCCCGAGAAGCUGCAGCAGGCCACCCUGCCCCUCCUGUCCAACGCCGACUGCCGGAAGUACUGGGGCAGCAAGAUCACCGACAAGAUGGUCUGCGCAGGCGCCAGUGGCGUCUCCUCCUGCAUGGGUGACUCCGGUGGCCCCCUGGUCUGCCAGAAGGACGGUGCCUGGACCCUGGUGGGCAUCGUGUCCUGGGGCAGCGGCACCUGCUCCACCUCCUCACCAGCCGUGUACGCCCGCGUCACCGCGCUCAUGCCCUGGGUUCAGGAGAUCCUGGCGGCCAACUGAGCCCGUGGGUCCUGAACCCCCCCACCCAAGAAUCCCCAAUUAAAGCAUCUGUACAGAAGCCGUG